CCGGCUCUCUCCUCUACCCCAUUUGUGUAUCUGCUCAGAUCGAAUGGCUCCGAAGAAGGAUAAAGCCCCUCCUCCGUCCUCCAAGCCGGCGAAAUCUGGAGGUGGAAAGCAGAAGAAAAAGAAGUGGAGCAAGGGAAAGCAGAAGGAGAAGGUGAACAACAUGGUGCUGUUUGACCAGGCAACCUAUGACAAGCUCCUCUCUGAGGCACCAAAAUACAAGCUCAUUACCCCAUCUGUUCUCUCUGAUCGCUUGAGGAUUAGUGGAUCUCUUGCAAGGAAGGCUAUAAGAGAACUCAUGGCAAGAGGGCUGAUCAGGUUGGUGUCAGCCCAUGCAAGCCAGCAGAUCUACACCAGGGCCACUAAUACCUAGAUCUUCAAUCAACUAGUUUUAUGUAGUCUUGCUGAGUGUGACUUGAUUUUUUGCAACUACUGUUCUAGACAUCCUGGCCAGGCCUUAGCUGUCAUAUUUCAUUUCAUGUUUUAUGGAAUCUAUCAGACUUCUUGAACAUUCCUUGUUGAAUUUUAGCUUAUUUAUAGUUUUCUGUUCAUCAGAUUGAAUAGUGUUUAUAUUGGAUUUCAUCUUAACUUCUACAUGGCACAUGCCAUACAUUUUCCU